GAUUUACGUCAUCUAAUCGUAAAGUUAUCUAGGCGCUGUGAGUGGCUAGUUGGUGUUUUAUGAUAUUGUUUUGACACACGCGGGAUGGUGGAUAGUGCCUCUAUUUUCGGCACCGGGACUGGGGACUUCUACCGCUUAUUUCAUUGAGUUGAUUCCUGCACAGAAGGAGGUGUGUCACAUUCAUUAUGCUGGAUUUUUGGUUAUAAAGACGGACUCGGUUUACAUUUUAGAUCAUUUACUUCACUUCAUCGUCUGAACCUAUUUCAUUUGCAAUAGCAAACGAGACCAAGAAAAUAAUCUGGAUGUGGCAUUUGCAGCCGCUGACGGUGAUUUCGUUUAUUGUUGAUUUUGAGACAAAUUAAUUCAUUUACUAUUUGGAAACUUUUUGACGCCGAAUUGAAACGAAAAUGCAAGAAGACAGUGUUUAUCAGACAGGCAGCAUCCAGGCGGCAUCAUCCACUUCAGUCCGCCAUCUCAGCCCCGUCGCUCGCCUAGAGUAUCCGUCUCAAGUCUACCAGUCGGCGCUUUGGUGGAAUGCAGCCGCCGCAUCGACUUUAAAUAGUGAGGUUCCUGCAUCCCAUCUCUCUCCCAACGAUAUAGCUCAUAGCAACAUGGCAGCUCUGAGGUACUUCUCUCAUACUCUUCCUCCAUGCGGGUUAACGCAUCCAUUCUCGCACCUCACCCCGUCACAUCCAUACUUCCCCGCCACCGUCGAUAACCUGAGCUGGCUGAGUCUCGCCGCUCAUCAUGACUUCUACAAGCUAGUCCGACCUCCGUACUCCUACUCAGCCCUCAUCGCUAUGGCUAUCCAGAGCUCCCCCGACCACAAGAUCACUCUCAGUGGCAUCUACCGCUACGUGGCCGAGAACUUCCCAUUUUACAAGCGCAGCAAAGCAGGAUGGCAGAAUUCCAUUCGCCACAAUCUCUCUCUCAAUGACUGUUUCAUUAAGGUACCUCGAGCCGAUAAUGAUCCGGGAAAGGGUCACUACUGGACACUCGACCCCAAUUGCGAGAAGAUGUUCGACAAUGGAAAUUUUCGCCGAAAGAGGAAACGACGCGGGGAUUCGCUUGAUAGUCCAUCGUCAACCAUGCCUUCGUCACCCAUCUCGUCAACCUCUUCGUUGAUCAUGGAAGACCAUCCGAUGUCGACCACAGUGAGACCCGUCAAGCGAUUCAUCGUCGACCGGCACGAAGCAGUUGAACCAAAGGAUGAUAGCAGAUUCAACCUUUACACCUCUCGUCAAUCCCAUGGACAUGAUCUGCAGGAAUAUUUCUCCAAUGGUCCAAACUCAUCUCUGGUCUCCAAGGGAGUCCAUCUCCGGCAUCCUUCCAAAGCGGGUAGUCUUCCAAGAUUAUCAACAGCACAUGAUCAGAACAAAAGUAAAUCUAUUCUCAAAUCAAGUUUCAGUGUCAGGAGUCUGCUCGGUCAUGACAUAGAUGAUGAGAAAAUACCAGGUAAAGAUGCCUCAUUGUGAAACCAAUUUUAUAUUUCACUUUAUAGUUUACUUUAUAGCCUCGUAUUGACAGGGUGCAUGCAGGUAAAUAUGAAUCAUUCUGAGACAUAUUUAAGAGUUAUUAUUGUAUUAAAAACAGUUGUUUCACAUUUCUUACAGAAAUUUGUACAUACACAUCAUAGAAAGUAUAAGGAAAAGAAAGACUUUGACAUUGAGAAACUAAACGUUAUUAAUACAAUAAUUUAUAUUGUUAAUGCUGAAUGAACUGCGAGCUCAUAUCAAACUUUUAUGAGUUUGACUCCUUGUCUACUCAGACGUGGUUGUAAAUAAGACAAAAUCGUGUCUAUAUAAAUAGAAAUAUCGCCACAUUCUUUACAAUGCGAUAAAAUUCACAUGUAUGUGUACAUAAAAAUCUAUUUGCAUUGCAUGAUAAGAUGUGUAAGAUCAUUUAGGAAUCAAAUCAGAUAAUAAACCCGGAUUUUAUGGUUAUUAUAGCAAUUGAACGAGAGCAUAAAAACAACAUAUACAGGUAUAAGUGAUAAAUUCCUGUUAAAUAUUAUUUCAUUCCUUGUGUAUGUUUUUUUAAUUUUUUUUUUAUGAUAACAUUUUAGAGAGGAGAUAAUGUAUCAUGAAUGUUUGUGUAAUACCCGAGUCUCACCGACGAGACCGGCACAGAGAUGGAUAUCAAACAGACCGACCGUACAUCAUCCCGAAUUGCAAAGAUUUUGUCGGUUUGGCGUCGCAACGCCAAACCGACAAUAUCUGUGUGGGUGUGAAGGGGGUAUUAUCACUACCGAAUUUGAAGGAGGGGCAAAUUUCCGAUCCAGAAAAAAAAAUUAUGCAGUCACAUUUAUGAUAGCAAUUGCAUGCUAUGGAAAUAUUUGUGAGUCAAUAUCAGAUUGCCACAGAAACAUACAAAGUGAUACAAUAAGGGGCUAACAUUUUCUUAAACCAAAAUACAUAUCUCCCCGUAUCGCAAUUAAACCCUGAAAAUUGUUCCCUAUAGAUAUGGAUCACAGUAAACUGUGAUGUUUGUGCCCCUCCCUCGGCUAAGGUACAUAAUUAUAUUCGCCACUAAGUUCAUGUAGCAUCAGGUCUCGCGGUGUCGAAACCGAGACCGAUGCAGCAAAGACAACCGAGAUAGGUCUCACCACAUCACUGGUAUCUAAUUAUCGGGACCACAGAGCUACAGGAAUGGCCUAUAUACAUGUAUGCACAAUCGGAUUAGGCAAGUUUAUCCAUAUAAGACAGUAAAAGAAGCAACAUAUGCAAAAUUUCGCGACCUGAUUCUCGAUCGCUAAUCGAAUUUUGGAAUAUUUAUAGAGUUUAGAAAAAUUUCUUUUUUAAAACUCAGCUUUACAUGGUAUUAUGAUUUUAAUAUGAGUUUCCUUUCCGACUGGUCGGGCUUGUACAUUGUUAUUAGAGAUGCAGGCAUCAUUAUAGUCUGACUGACUGCAGUUAUCAUUUGGUAAAUGUAAAGAUGUUUUCUCCAUCAUUUUAUUUUUAAGUAAAUACAAGCUGUAAUUUUGUAUACAGUUCUUAAUGGUCCGAUGUAAAAUGUAAAAUGAAACUGAUAAUUUUGUUGUGAACAUUCACUAUUCAGCCUUUGGCUGUGAAGUAUUGUCGACAUGCAAUCAUUAUUAAAUGUGAAUUUACUUGAAGAAUUGUUUCGGUGGGGGAGGCUCGAACCCCAAGCCCCUUUCCCUUUAGAACCGUUACUGAACAUAAGUGAUUACAUGAGAGAAAGAAGGGUCUACCUAAUCCCAACAUUUUUAUUAAGAUUUUUUGUUGUAUAGUAUUAGUAGAAAGAACAUUUCCAUAUUUAUGUAUCACUUAAUGUACCCUCGUGUAUGAAGAUUCAUUGCAAAGAUCGAAAAUAUUCCCAGUGCUUCCGUUUUUCCUGCAAGGACAUUGUCUUCAUGUAAUAGAACAAAAAAAAGCACAGGUUGGCACCUGAUUCUUGCUCAAUAGAGAAUCAAAAGAUCAAUACUUGUUCGUAUUUGACUAAAUGUUUUAUUGGUGUAUGUAACCCUUCUCCAAUUCAUACAUUCAGUUUGUAAGCUGUCAAUCAAUUACUGUCGAUCAAAAAUCACAUGACGCUUUAUCUCUUACCAAUCAAUAUAUGCAGUGUGAUUGAUAUCAUUUGGUUUGUUCUCUAUCAAUAUGAUUCACUUAUUGAACUAAACACAAAUUACUAUACCUGUGUUUUGCCGUGUUGUCAAUAGUUCAAUUUGUACGUAAAAUACAAACAAGUACAAUAAAUUCA